AUGGGCUCUACCCAGAAAGGCUCCAUGUCUCAGACAGCCAAGAUGACUAAACCCUCGAUUAAAGUUUCUGCUCCUGGGCAGCGAGGGCCUGAGGUCAACCAUAGUAUGAGUCCCCAUCGAGGUCCUUCUGCCAGUCACAGAGGUGCAGAUUUGUCCCGGAGUGUUUCCCCCCAACACGGAAUGGAAAGCCGUCAAACCUCCCAAAGAGGGGCAGAUGCUUCUCGAUCUGCUUCCCCCCAGUAUGGGCUUGAUUUCUCCCGAAUUUCCUCUCCCCAAGGGAAUGAAUCUGGUUCUCACAGCCAAGGCCAUCUAAAGGCUGAAGCAACCCGUCAUGGCUCACCUCAGUACAAACAUGAACACAGCUCAGUUUCCCAUGGGAACUUGCUUGCCCCGCCAGGGAGAGCACAGAUGAAAUAUGAUGGUACUUCUCAUGGUGGCACACACAGGACCCAAAGUCCACCAACACAGGAUCAAACACAUAAAAAUGUGGCUGCCCCAGGGCAAGAGAGCCAUUGGAACAUACUUCCCUCAGAUGCCAAAAUCACUUCCCGGGCACCGUACUCAAAUCAGAAGGAAUCGACAACUGUCCCGAGCUCUCAAUGGGAUGUGGAACCACCGCCCUCCAAGGUUACAAACCCCCAAGGGGUCCGAAGCCCUCGAAGGCGUUUAAUUAACCCAAAGGAUGAAUCCACCCAGACUGAUUUCAAAAAGAAUUUGGUCUAUUCUGAGGGCAAAUCUGUCUUGAGGAAACCACCCUCCUCAGAUCCAACCCAUACUUCGCUAGAGACCAAACCAACCCAAAGAACCAUGUCUGCGCAAGAAUCUCAGGCAGGUUCCCGGAGCACAGUCCAUGCCGAAACUAAGGGAUCCCACAGAAACUUGGGAUCUUUAGAAGUAGAGUCAGCUGUUAAGGUUUCAUUCCGUAAGGAUCCUGAUCACUCACAAAAAGUCGCAGGCCGAUCAGAAGUUGAGGCAGUCCAAAGACAGGUUCCAUCCCCUCCGAGGGUUGCACUGGCCCCGGAGGCAGAGGCAGCUAUCAAGAGCUCUACUCGUCCAGGGCGUGAGUCACGCCGGGUCACCAUCUUAACAGAGUCAGAUGCAUCUUCUACAAGUCCUUCCCAGCAACCAAGUGAACCUUCCCACAAACCUCCAAUUUUAAAUUCUUCCUUUAAGCCACCAUCUUCUGAAGCCUCAGUGAAAGUUGCUGCUGUUACAGAGCCAGAAUUGAUCCCUCGUCCUUUACCACCCAGGUCCUUACCAAAAUAUGGUCCUGAGUCUUCAUGGUGGAUCUUAUUCCACCCAGAACUUCCUGAACCUCCAAAGUGUGAGACAGUCUUAACACAGUCAGAACAUAGGCCAUCUCACUUGGAUCUUUUCAUGUCCCAGAUAGGGGUAGCCUCAGCUUACUGUGAAGAGUUAAUCAUACAGAGUGAGAAGGCAACUUCUCCUGAACCACAAUCUCCAAGGAGAGUGUCAUCAUGUGAUUUGCUGAAGUCUACUUGGCAGCCCUUGGAAUCAUCCCAGUCCAUGGAAGAUGGAACCAUUCAAAGGUUUAGUGCUUUCUUCCUGGAUGUUACUGAUGAGAUGCUUAAUCGGGUCAUCUGGUGGUUGAAAGGUUUGUGUUUUUGCCCCAUUUAUGUCAUUUGGAAGCGGGGGUAG